AUUAAAAGGCAAGGGCAAACGGUUUAACAAGGAGCACUCCGGCUAAUUAUAUCGGCGAACUCUGUUGAAUGAGGGGUUGCCCUUCACAAAAAUGUCUUCCAUAGAUUCACUGGACGAGGAGCAGACAGCCAAUCGGAUGAGUGUUUGAAUCAAGGUCAAGUGAAAGAUGCUCAAUGGGACCGCGCCACCUUGGAAUAAUGCUGAAGCCUCUUGCCAGGAGAUGCGAGGCUACGGAAAGCUAAUUUUCACUGGAAGGUGUAGAAUCAUCCACCAACCCGUUUUCUGUCAGUGAUGUAGGGAAGGUGGAUUCUCUUGGUGUAAAAUACCUACCAGGACCUGUGUGAUAUGACCCUGACAAGAGGAUCCUUCACCUAUUCCAACGGUGAAGAGUACCAUGGGGAGUGGAGGGAAGGUCUGAGACAUGGUCUAGGCCAGCUGACGUUAAGUGAUGGGACGUGUUACACGGGUCAGUUCGAGAACGGACUCUUCAACGGCUGUGGGAUGCUGGUCUUCCCUGAUGGAUCCAGGUACGAAGGAGAGUUCAUUCAGGGGAAGUUCCAAGGCGCAGGCGUCUUCAGUCGUUUUGACGGGAUGAAGUUCGAAGGAGAGUUCAAGAGUGGAUGUGUGCAGGGAUACGGUAUGCUGACAUUCGCUGACGGAGGUCUGGAAAGAGGGGGAGGAGGAAGAGGAGGAGGAAGAGGAGGGACGAGCCACGAGGGUCUGUUUGAGAGAGGCCAGCUGGUGGGCAGAGAGGGGUGCCAGGGCACGGUGCAGCGGGCACAGGGGGCAGCCGCCAAGGCACGGGCGCUCUCCAUGUGACCUGCAGCUAGGGUGCGCUACUCAGGGAGCACUUCACUAUCAUACUCACACCCUUCUUUUUCUUCAUUCAUCUCAUUCUGUUCUCUGUCUUUACGGUUAUACUCCUCUGUACACAGUGUACAAAACAUUAAGAACACCUUUGCUCUCAGAACAGCCUCAAUUCGUCGGGGACCUGGAUUCUACAAGGUGUCGAAAGCGUUCCACAGGGAUGCUGGCCCAUGUUGACUCCAAAUGCUUCCCAUAGUUGUGUCAAGUUGACUGGAUGUCCUUCGGGUGGUGGACCAUUCUUGAUACACACAGGAAACUGUUGAGCGUGAAAAACCCAGAAGCGAUGCAGUUCUUGACACACGCAAACCGGUGCGCCUAGCAGACUCCGACUUUUGAUUGUCUCUAUUAAAAAAAGGAGGAUCCCAUCAGCUAUCUGUAGGCUAACUAUAUUUAUUUCUCAACUCUCCUAAUAUUAAGCAUAUUGCUUCGCUUUACAAUCGGAGUAGCCUACCUGGCUGGCAUGAAAAUGAACCGCGGGAAAAGUGCCUUCCGUUUGCUAUUCAAGUGCAUAUGGCUGACAUGUAUAUGAUAAUGGCCCAUUCUAAACCAAAACUAAUCUCACACAAAAAUGAUUUAGCAUAUGUAAAGACAAGAUUAAAUUGAGAAUAGUCUGAUGGGUGACAAUAUUAUCCCUUAUGAAUGAUGCCCAGUGUGUGCAAUCUAAGGCAAGAAACAGCACAUGCAUUUUUUGGGGGACUUUUAUUAGAUCCUAGUGGCAUGCAUCGUGUGGUCUAGCCCAUAGGCCUAUAUGUUUUGAUAAGGUUUAUUAGAUCCUAGUGGCAUGCAUCGUGUGGUCUAGCCCAUCGGCCUAUAUGUUUUGAUAAGGUUUAUUAGAUCCUAGUGGCAUGCAUCGUGUGGUCUAGCCCAUAGGCCUAUAUGUUUUGAUAAGGUUUAUUAGAUCCUAGUGGCAUGCAUCGUGUGGUCUAGCCCAUCGGCCUAUAUGUUUUGAUAAGGUUUAUUAGAUCCUAGUGGCAUGCAUCGUGUGGUCUAGCCCAUAGGCCUAUAUGUUUUGAUAAGGUUUAUUAGAUCCUAGUGGCAUGCAUCGUGUGGUCUAGCCCAUAGGCCUAUAUGUUUUGAUAAGGUUUAUUAGAUCCUAGUGGCAUGCAUCGUGUGGUCUAGCCCAUAGGCCUAUAUGUUUUGAUAAGGUUUAUUAGAUCCUAGUGGCAUGCAUCGUGUGGUCUAGCCCAUAGGCCUAUAUGUUUUGAUAAGGUUUAUUAGAUCAUAGUCGCAUGCAUCGUGUGGUCUAGCCCAUAGGCCUAUAUGUUUUGAUAAGGUUUAUUAGAUCCUAGUGGCAUGCAUCGUGUGGUCUAGCCCAUAGGCCUAUAUGUUUUGAUAAGGUUUAUUAGAUCCUAGUGGCAUGCAUCGUGUGGUCUAGCCCAUA